CAUUAGAUUAAGUCAAUAGGUCUGUCAGUCAGGGGUUAAAAUCUACGUGGUGAGGAGUGGAAUCAUUCUGAUUGGGCACCUAUCACCAUGGUUGAGACCCGUAGUGGGUUAGACAUGAGCCCCUAUAGCAAGGAGCAGCAAGAAAAGAUGGCCGCCCUCAUGAAAGAGAAUAGAGAGAGAAAAGAGCGCGAGAAGCAAGCGAAGCUAAAGGCUAUCGCAGACGAGCAGGCGGCGAAGAUGAAGGAACUGGAGGAGGAGAUGGAGAAGAAGAAGAAGGUUGCUGAAGAAGAAGCAGCAGCAGAGGAAGAAAGAGAAAGAAAGAAGAUUGAGAGUGAAGCAGGGUCUAGUGGCACGAAGGUGGAUAGAGAUGCUGAAAUAGAGAAGAAGAUCAGCGAGUGGGUUGCUAACUUGUCGUUGGGGGAAGAUGAGGAGACGGAGUCCUACGUGACUCAGGAUGAGAGGCAAGCGCUAGCCAAUGAGCUAGCAGCAAUGGAUGAUCCUACGGAAAGGCGAGAACGGGAGGAGGAGCAGAAGUUGGCGUGGAAGUUAAAGGAUGGAAAGGGAGAAGAAGAGGAGGAGAGAGGAGGUGAAUAAAUUGACCGCAGAAGUGGCAAAGGUGCAGGAGUGUAGGAGAGAAGUGGAGGCCCAGCCAGAUGACAAGGCCAAAUGGGACAAGAUAUUGGGCUACCUAGAGGUCCUGAGCAAGGCUUGGAUGGAAGAGCGACAGGCCAGUUGGAGUCAGGACGUGGCGUUGAGUGCCAUGCGGUCCAGAUUUAGAGACUUCGCGCGCGAUAUCGUCACCCACAUCGGGGGCGAAUUCAAACAAAUAAGGGACAAUGUA